AUGGUCAAAUUCAGACGAAGCAGCGGGCGCGCCUCGUCGCAUAACCACAGUCUCUCCAUCCCCGAGAAAGACCCCACCGCCAUUGUCCCUCCUAAAAAGGUCAUCAAGGCCUUGUACGACUGGGACGCUCCCAACGACAACCCUAACGUCCGAUUCCUGUCCUUUGCCUCUGGCGACUUCCUCCACGUAACCGGGCGCGAAGACGACACCGAGUGGUACGAGGCGUGCAAUCCGCUUCACAACUCGCGCGGCUUGGUACCGGUGAGCUACUUUGAACAAGUCGGCAAGACAGUGCGCGAGAGCGCCUCGGUCACAUCGUCGCCCAGCACCCACCACGACAGUGGUUAUGCCGACAAGUCAUCGCACGACCCCUCCAGAAUGAGCAAGUCCUCGAUGGGCAGAUCCGGUGGCGCCCCUGUCUACGGCAUUGUCGCAUACGACUUCAAGGCCGAGCGACCCGACGAGCUCGAAGCUCACGAAGGAGAGGCCAUCAUCGUUAUCGCGCAAUCAAACCCGGAAUGGUUCGUCGCAAAGCCCAUCACGCGACUGGGUGGUCCCGGCCUCAUCCCAGUAUCGUUCGUCGAGAUCAAGGAUCUUACUAGUGGUCAGACGAUCGACUCAGCGGAGGCUAUUGCAAGAGCUGGUAUACCGAGGGUGGAAGAGUGGAAGAAGAUGGCAGCAGACUACAAAAACACCAGCAUUCCGUUGGGCCAGAUUGGCAACAUGCAAGCUGCCUCUCAACAGUCAAUGGCAGGUCUGCAGUCCGGUAUGGAUCGCAUGAGCCUCAACAACGGGGGACAUUCGCGCAACAUGUCGACCGUGUCGCGGCGUACCACAUCGCAGGCGCAUUCGCAAUACCCACUUGCGCCGCUGCGUGCCUCAGUACCGCGCUACAUGUACCUCGAUGAGAAGUUCCAUUUCAUUGUCGAGGCGACACUGGCCGACGGCUCUCAUUGGGAUCUCACACGCAUCUACGAGGACUUCUAUGAGCUUCAGAUCAAUCUCAUAAAGGCCUUCCCUGACGAAGCUGGCAACACCGGCGCACCGCGUACUUUGCCGCUGAUGCCUGGACCUGUACAGUUCGUGACGGACCGUAUCACAGAGGGUCGCCGCGAGAACCUUGACGAAUAUCUAUAUAAGUUGUUGCGACUUGGUUCUCACGUCGUCAACAGCACACUAGUCCGCGGCUUCUUCACUCCUCAUGCUGGUGACUACGAGAUCGACCCCAAUGUCGUCGAUCUCAACGAGCAUAGUCGUUCUGCCGCCGAGACGAAAACCGAUCGCUACUCUACCGCUUCCCAUGCCUCAGGCCACUAUGCCGCUUCGACCAACUCGGCUCGCCAGUCCACCAGCGCACAAUCCUUUGCAGCACACCAACGUCAACAAUCGUCCGUCGGGGCUGGUUCUAUGCGUGCUCCUCCCGCUAUGUCUACCGCUACAACCUCUUCUGCAGCAACGAGUGGCGGCGCCUUGAAAGUCAAGGUAUGGUUCGACCGCGAAACCUGCGUUGUAUUGCGUCUACCACCACGAGGCGCAUUCAACUUUGACGACCUAUACCGAAAGAUUCUGGAAAGACGUAGAUUAGAGUACGGUGAUGCAGACCCGCGCUCUGACGAGACUGAACUCGAUAUUGAGGUCCGCAACGAGCGAACAGGCGAUUAUACACCACUCAUCAACGACGAUACGCUGGAGGACGCAAUUCAACAAAACGAUAAGAUGAUGCUUGUUGUACAAAGCGCUCACGGAAGCUGA